CUAUCGACUUGAUUCCGGCGAAGUUAUCACCUGUGCGGAGUAGAAGCAGGACCCCCAAAGGGAAAUCAGUGAGGGCAGCAGGAUUUGUUUUACAUUUUUCCGGCACAUUCUCCCCGUUGUCUGUGUUUGGAUUCGACAGUUGUUGUUUUUUUUUUUUACGAGAAGCACGUCUGGAAUAAGAAAACGUUGAACACAAAAAUGGAAAUAGAGAGGGAGCUAAAGAAGGUGACGCUUGGCCAUGAGUUUGGUGCUGGAGCUGCCUGUUUGAAAUGCAAGGACAAGUGUGAGGGCUUUGAGCUGCAUUUCUGGAGAAAGAUAUGCCGAAACUGCAAAUGUGGCCUCACAGAGCAUGAUGUGGCGAUGAACUCGGAGGAGAACAAGAAGGUAGGCAAGCUGUUUGAGGACACCAAGUACACCGGCCUCAUCGCCAAGCUGAAGACGGAUGGGAUCCCCAGCUACCAGGGCAACAUGGUGACCAUCACUUUGCCUAGCCCUGCCACUGCUUACACGGUACCACCCAGUGCGACCUCUACUGUUGUGCCCCCUUCUGCCAGAGCCGGCUCUGUGUCGUCGUCUGCCACAGCUGGUUCUGUGUCCCCGUCUGCCACAGCUGGUUCUGUAGCCUCAGCUGGAGCCUCUGCAGGUUCGACAGGCAUUGGGGUUCAGGGUCAUGCUCGGGUUCAGCCUGUACCAGCCAGUGCCACACCAGUCAGGGCUAGCAAAGUGCCAGUCACUGUCAGUGCCACAUCAGCCAAUGUAGUGCCAGUUCCUAAAGAUGUACCAAUGAAGACUGUCACCUAUGAGUGGGCACCACCAGUGGCUAACAAGUACCUGGCUGUGCGUUAUAUUGAGUUGCUCCCACCAGAGAAACGCCCAGUGGUUGGUACAGAGGGAGCUGCUUACCGUCGGCAGCAGAUGGCCCGACAGCUACCUGAACAUGACCAGGACCCGUCCAGGUGUCAUGAGCUGAGCCCUGCUGAGGUCAAGCUGAUGCAGCAAUACGUUCGCAAGUACAAGGAUGAAGCCCUGGGGGUUGGAGAUGUCAUGCUGCCUGAAGAGAUGGCUCUGGUUCAGGCAGGAGGGCUGGGUGGAUCUAGUGUUGGGGUUGGAGGGGCACCUAGUGCAGGAGGGGCUGAGUUUGGACCUAGAGGUGGUGCUGCUGUUGGGAGUAUUGGUGGGGGUGGAGUUGCUGGCUAUAAACCAGAGGCUGGGGUUGCUGGAGUUGGAUUUGGUUCAGGGCCUGGAGCUGCAGGACCUGGUGUUGGGGCUGGAGCUGGUGGUGGUUUUGGACCUGCAGCUGGUGGAGUUGGAGCUGGUCGUGGUUUUGGACCUGCAGCUGGUGGAGCUGGAGCUGGUGGUGGACCACUUUCAGGGCCUGGCGUUGGACCAUCUGCAGGCUUUGGACCAGCUGGAGGAGCCAUGGGUACUACUGCCACCGCUGGAGCCAUGAGUGUCCCUGGAGGUCAGCAAGCUGGACUACCACAACAGAACUUUUCAUGCCAUCAGUGCCAGCAGCCCAUGCGUAAGGGUGAGCCAGCUGUCUAUGCUGAGCGGGCCGGUUAUGACAAGAUGUGGCACCCAGCAUGCUUCGUCUGCUGUACCUGUAACGAACUGCUGGUGGACAUGAUCUACUUCUGGAAGAAAGGCAAGAUGUACUGUGGACGGCACUAUGGAGACAGCGAGAAGCCACGAUGUGGAGGCUGUGAUGAGCUGAUCUUCAGUAACGAGUACACUCAGGCUGAGGGCCAGAACUGGCAUCUGAAGCAUUUCUGCUGUUUUGAAUGUGACUGCAUUCUGGCUGGAGAGACGUAUGUUAUGGAGAAUGACAAGCCUGUCUGCAAGCCCUGCUACAUGACGAACUAUGCUGUGAAAUGCUCAUCUUGCCAGAAUGCAGUAGAGCCUGAGGCCCAGAGGGUUUCCUAUGGUGAUUAUCACUGGCAUGCCGAGCCACAGUGCUUCAAGUGCUCCGGCUGCUCCAAAUGCCUGAUUGGCCAGCGCUUCAUGGCAGUGAAGAACUUCCUGUUCUGCUCUGUGGAGUGCAAGAAGAAAAUCAUGGCUUAAAGGGCAAAGACAAGUCCUUCAUCUUCUUCAUGAUCACUUGCGAAACCAGGAAUCGUACAGAGAGAACACUGGUACAGGUGCAAUAGUCUGUUAUGGUUCUUUUAACAGAAAUAGUGCCUGAUCUCUGUAGUAUGGAGAUCUACUGUAACAGUGAAACCGUUUGAAUUCAGGUACUUAUUGUAAGUCCAGAAAGAUCGCAGCACUGAUAUAUCUUGUAGUCUCAGAUAGUUUAAAAAAAAAGGGGGUUUCCACUUUUUUCCAGCCUUAAAUUUCUUGUUUGCUUUUCUUGCACUGUUAUUAUUUACAGAUGAGAUUUCUUUCUUGUUAAACCUGUGACCACUAACCUAUUGCUGGGUUUUUGUUUGUUUUGUUGUUGUUUUUUGCCACCUUUUUACUACUUUAUAUAAAAACUACUGACAUUCCCUUUCCAUGCACCAACGUUACUGUCAGUGUUAGCCAGAUUUGAGGCUGGUUGAAAGUAAAUAAUCAAUGUAAUAUCAAACUUGCAGUCUGUAGCUAAAUUUGAAGUUUUGAUGAAUUAAAUUUGUGCUUUCAACGAGACAUUAAAAGUAAAUUCUUCCA